GUGUCAACACGGAGCGUUGUUUUUGUCGUAUUUUGUGCAAAAAAUAAUUUGUUUAGCUCCUAAUUAUUAAGCUAAAAUAUAAAAAAACAUGCUGUGAUAAUCACGAAGUGUAAUGAUCUUAAAAUAUUUUAGUGAAUAUAAGAUUUCUUUUUAGUUUACUAACAUAACCUAAAAGCGGUUGACGCGAUCUCCAAAAAUGUUUUCUAUCUGCCGCCAAACACACCCAGCGACUGGGAUCGAGCACGCUGUGAGCUGCUGCUUCUUCAGCACAGAUGAAGUGUGCCUGGUCACCGCUGGAGCGAAUAUUAUCAAGGUCUUCAGGCUAUUCCCUGAGGGCCAAACCAAAGAGGUCAAUGCCGCCGGUCAACAAAUACCCCCUAAGAUGAAGCUUGAAUGCCUCGCAACCUACACGCUAUGGGGCAACGUGAUGUCCAUGGCAUCGGUACGGUGCCCCAGCGCUGGCAGAGACCUACUGCUGGUGUCGUUCAAGGAAGCCAAGCUGUCGGUAUUACAAUAUGACCCGCAGACGAACAAUCUGAUCACUUUGAGCAUGCAUUACUUUGAAGAAGAUGAUAUGAAGAAUGGCUGGACAACACACCCACACAUUCCAUGGAUCCGAGUAGACCCAGAGUGUAGGUGUGCAGUGAUGCUGCUGUAUGGAAAGAAAUUAGCUGUGCUCCCGUUCAGAAAAGACAUCACAUCUGAAGACGGUGACCCGCUUGAGGCAAAACCGUUCAAUGAUACUAAGAAAAAUGCGCCCACACAAACUAUGACCCGUGCACCCACUCUCGCGUCCUAUGUCAUAGUUCUAAAGGAGUUAGACGAAAAGAUCGAUAACAUAUUAGAUAUACAGUUCCUGCACGGAUACUAUGAGCCAACGCUGCUGUUGCUGUAUGAGCCUGUGAGGACUUUUGCUGGCCGCACGGCCGUGCGCAACGACACGUGCGCGAUGGCCGGCGUGAGCCUGAACAUGAGCGCGCGCGUGCACCCCGUCAUCUGGGCCACGGCGGGGCUGCCCUUCGACUGUCUACAAGCUGUGCCGGUUCAGAAGCCGCUGGGUGGCUGUCUUAUAAUGGCGGUGAAUUCACUGAUCUACCUCAACCAAUCGGUGCCACCGUAUGGAGUAUCCCUCAACAGUAUAGCAACACACACAACUAACUUUCCUCUCAGAAUCCAGGAAGGCGUGUGCAUCACUCUAGACGGGGCUUGCGUGGCGCCACUAGGCGAGGCUCGCUUGGCGCUGUCGCUGCGAGGCGGACAGCUGUACGUGUUGACACUGCUGUCUGACAGCGUGCGCAGCGUACGAAGCUUUCACCUGGACCGCGCUGCUGCCUCCGUGCUUACUACUUGUAUGUCCGUGAUAGAAGAGGACUUCCUAUUCCUCGGAUCUCGUCUCGGUAACUCGCUUCUCCUACGAGUGACAGAGAGAGAAAACCGCAUGUUGUUCUCUGUAGAGAAACCUUUGGAAGCCACUGUGGAUCUGACUGUCUCUGACGCUGAAAGAGAAAAAGAAAAAGAGAAAGAAGCGAGUUCAAACAAAGACCAGUCUCAACAAAAAGACGACCCGGCGUCCAAGAAACGUCGCCUCGACUCGCUGAGCGAUUGUGUGGCGACCAACGUCAUAGAAAUCAGCGAUAAGGACGAGCUGGAAGUCUAUGGCUCAGAUAUCAGGACUUCUACGCAGUUGACUAGCUAUGUCUUUGAGGUGUGCGAUUCCCUCCUAAACAUCUGCCCAAUAGGCGAUGUAUCAAUGGGCGAACCGCAGCUUCAAACAGCCGGCGACGCGGAAACUGAAGCCGAGCCUUCCAUCGAGUUAGUUGCCUGCAGCGGCCGCGGCAAGAACGGAGCCCUGACUGUCCUACAGAGGGCGCUGCGGCCGCAUCUGGUCACUGCCUUCACUCUGCCAGGCUGCCUGGACAUGUGGACGGUGAUCGGCGAGCCAGCCGAGGGUCAGAGCUCCCGCGAAGUGCAUAAAGACAUGGAGGGAACACACGCGUAUCUUAUACUCACGCAGGACGAUUCUAGUAUGAUUCUCCAGACCGGACAGGAGAUCAACGAAGUGGACAACUCUGGCUUCAUGACGGGCUCGCCGACCGUGUUCGCCGGCAACCUCGGCCACAACCGGUUCAUGGUGCAGGUCACCACCACCGCCAUCCGGCUCAUCAAGAAUGGCACCAACAUCCAGUCCAUUCAGUUCGAGUGGACUGCCGAGUACGCCAACACGGCUGAUCCCUACGUGUGCGUGGUGUCCACUUGUGGGCGCGCGCUCGUAUUGGCUCUGAGAGAGUUCCGCGCUAAGGAUGGGACGCAAACGGGACGUCUAGCACCAACUCGGCAAGCGGUACCGGCGCGGCCGGCCCUAGCUCGAUGCGUGCCAUACCGAGACCUCAGCGGAUUGUUGGCACCACCUGACGCUCAUCCUGCACAGGUGAAGGGCGAGUUCCAAGGCAAAGCGCCCAGCAACGUGAAAGCCGAAGGCCUCAAGCCGGGCGCCAUCUACGAACUCAACGACGACGACGAACUUCUCUACGGCGGCGACCAGACGCCCGCUUCUAUGGCCAGCGUAAUGGACGUCUUUCGGCCGAAACGAACGAUAGUUACUAUAGCUAAAGGCGAGUUCCAAGGCAAAGCGCCCAGCAACGUGAAAGCCGAAGGCCUCAAGCCGGGCGCCAUCUAUGAGCUCAACGACGACGACGAGUUGCUCUACGGCGGCGACCAGACGCCCGCUUCUAUGGCCAGCAUAAUGUUAGCAGAACAGUCUAAAAACCCUGGCGUUCCUCGCCGCAUCUCGCGCUGGUGGAAGAAACAUCUAGUGGAGGUCAAGCCUACGUACUGGCUGUUCGUGAUCCGACGCAACGGGAACUUAGAGCUGUAUUCGCUGCCGGAGAUGAGACUGAGCUUUUUGGUCAGAGACGCUUGCGCUGGACAUAGGUUGGGCGUGCAUUCGCCGUCGUUUGUCAAAUGGUGGAAGAAACACCUGGUGGAGGUCAAGCCUACGUACUGGCUGUUCGUGAUCCGACGCAACGGGAACUUAGAACUCUACUCGCUUCCUGAGAUGAGACUGAGCUUCUUGGUCAGAGACGCUUGUGCGGGACAUAGGAUCCUAGCAGACAGCCUAGAAUCAGUCCCAGUCAUGCCGAACCCAGCGGAAGACGAGCAACUCAACUCUUCGCAUCACAACGCGUCAGUGGACCGAUUGCGAGAACUACUGGUGGUAGGGCUCGGGAACAAAGGAUCUCGCGUGCUGAUGUUGAUGCGCUGCGAUAACACGCUGAUGGUCUACCAGGCAUACAAAUACCCCCGAGGCAACUUAAAGAUGCGUUUCUCCCGAAUGAACGUGAGCUUUCCAUUCGGCUACACGGGUGGCGAGCCGCCGCCCGCUGACUCGUACGAAGGCACCUUCCUGAGGGAGCAUGUGAGGCAGAUGCGAUACUUUGGAAACGUGGGCGGCUACAACGGCGUAUUCAUCUGCGGGCCCACGCCCUACGUGCUGCUACUGACGGCCCGCGGGGAGAUCCGGCUGCACCCGCUGGCGGCCUCAGACACCACCGUCGUCGCCUUCGCUUCGUUCAACAACACCAACUGUCCGCAGGGCUUCCUGUACUUUACUGCCGAUUCGGAGCUCCGCAUCUGCGCUCUACCCACCCACCUAUCCUACGACGCUCCCUGGCCAGUGCGGAAAGUCCCCAUCCGAAUGACGCCGCACUUCGUGACGUACCACAUGGAGUCCAAGACUUACUGCCUGGUCGCGUCUACGUCACACCCCACGCAGACUUACUACAAGUUCAACGGGGAAGAUAAAGAGAAGUCCAAUGAGAAUAAGGGGGACAGGUUCCCGUACCCACUUCAAGAGCGGUUCUCCGUGGCGCUGUUUUCUCCAGUAUCCUGGGAGUUAAUCCCGAAUACACGCAUCGAGCUGGACGACUGGGAGCACGUCACCUGCCUCAAGAACGUGGCGCUGUCCUACGAGGGCACCAGAUCAGGACUUCGCGGUUACAUAGCAAUAGGAACAAAUUACAAUUACAGCGAAGACAUCACGUCAAGAGGAAGGAUAAUAAUCUACGACAUCAUAGACGUAGUUCCGGAGCCAGGCCAGCCGCUCACCAAGAACAGGUUUAAGGAGUUAUACGCGAAGGAACAGAAAGGCCCCGUCACUGCUUUGACGCAAGUGCUGGGGUAUCUGAUAUCUGCUGUGGGGCAAAAGAUCUACAUCUGGCAACUCAAAGACAACGACCUGGUGGGCGUGGCGUUCAUAGACACGCAAAUAUACGUGCACAAAAUGCUCGCCGUCAAGAAUCUCGUGCUCGUAGCAGAUGUAUACAAAUCCAUCUCUCUUUUGCGAUACCAGGCACAGCACAGGACAUUGUCACUUGUGUCGAGAGACCUGAGGAGUGCACAGAUAUACGAGAUGGAGUUCAUGGUGGACAACACGAGUCUUGGUUUCCUAGUCAGCGAGGCGGACGGCAACCUCGCGCUGUUCAUGUACCAGCCUCAAGCGCGAGAGAGCUAUGGCGGCCAGCGGCUGAUCAAGAAGUGCGACUACCACCUGGGGCAGCAAGUACACGCCAUGUUCCGCAUCGCGGCGCGGCACUCGCCCGGGGACAAGCUGCGCCGGCACGUCACUAUGUUCACGACCCUCGACGGUGGCGUAGGCUAUGUCCUGCCAGUGAGUGAGAAAGUAUACCGUCGAUUGUUGAUGCUGCAAAACGUCAUGAACAACUACUGCUGCCACGUCGCCGGACUCAACCCGCGCGCGCACCGCACAUACAAAUCGGCGCGCAAGCAAGGCGGCGGCGUGGCGCGCGGUGUACUGGAUGGAGAACUCGUGGCGCUAUUCCCGAUCAUGCCCAUCGCUGAGCAACACGACAUUGCAAAGAAAAUAGGUACAAAAGUAGAGGAGAUAGCGGCUGAUCUCUACGAAAUAGACCGACUGACAGCGCACUUCUAAAGUAAUAUUAAUUUGUACAUAUUAAUUAAAUGUAUUUUAAGUUAAAUUCUAAGAUUAUGAAACUGAA